UCCGCCUUGGCCUUGGCGUGGCGGCGAACCGCGCAGCUGCGAUUCAAUUCGGGGGGAAUGUAAAACUUCUAUGUUUCGACAGAAACCCGCAGGACUCCGCGCCGUAGCGCUCGACGGCUGGCCGAGCCAAUCACCUGGUUUCCAAUGGAAGCGGAUGGUUUUGUGAGGAGGCGUCGGAUGACAGCAGAGACGUCGGGCAGUGAUUCCGGGGUCGCCGGUGCCUCUGCCGGGGCAGAAGUUCGGUGGCUCGGCCGCAGGUUUUGGGGAGUUUCGGAAAGUGUCGUGGGGAGCUUAACGCCCCGGAUCGGAAGCGGCACAGAGCUGCAGACUGCUCAUUGUAAUCGCGGUGUUCAGGAACAGGCGGAGGACUCUGAGCCGGACUAUGAGGGUCUGCCGCAGGGAGCCUCAACCAGCACCCACAUGUUGGCCGGAGCCGUGGCUGGGAUCAUGGAGCACUGCCUCAUGUUUCCCAUCGACUGUGUCAAGACACGCAUGCAGAGCCUCCAGCCUGACCCUGCAGCCCGCUACAGGAACGUGAUGGACGCCCUCCGGCGAAUCAUUACCACCGAGGGCAUCUGGCGACCAAUGAGGGGGCUGAACGCAACAGCUAUAGGGGCGGGCCCUGCCCAUGCUCUCUAUUUCGCCUGCUAUGAGAAACUCAAAAAGACUCUAAGUGAUGUCAUUCACCCAGGGGCUAACAGUCAUUUGGCCAAUGGAGCAGCUGGGUGUGUGGCUACACUACUUCAUGACGCAGCGAUGAACCCGGCUGAAGUUGUGAAGCAGCGCAUGCAGAUGUACAACUCUCCAUACUGCAGUGUGCUGGACUGUGUGCGCGCUGUGUGGCAGAAGGAAGGAACUGCGGCUUUCUACCGCAGCUACACCACGCAGCUCACCAUGAACAUCCCCUUCCAGGCGCUCCACUUUAUGACCUACGAGUACCUCCAGGAGCUGCUCAACCCCCACAGACAAUACAACCCUUCCUCCCAUGUGGUGUCAGGAGCCCUGGCUGGGGCCAUUGCAGCCGCCGCCACCACACCUCUGGACGUCUGCAAGACCCUGCUCAACACCCAGGAGUCCCUGACCCUCGGCUCCCUGUCCUCCAGCCCGGGCCCCAGCCAAGGCAAGGGAACCCACGGACACAUUUCAGGCCUGGCCCAUGCCUUCCGGACAGUUUACAGGCUGGGCGGCCUGCAGGGUUUCUUCAAGGGUGUCCAGGCUAGAGUCAUCUACCAGAUGCCCUCCACGGCCAUCAGCUGGUCAGUUUACGAGUUCUUCAAGUAUGGAAUCACCAAGCACCAGCACGAGAAGAGGAGAACACAGCACAGGGAGGCUUGAGUUGUAGACGAGUCUGGCUGGUACGACCUUUGUCCCUGUCUGUUUUUUCCCCCCUCUCUCUCUUAAGAGGAAAUAUGGUCAAUAUGCACAUAGAAUCUAACCAAUCCCCUCCUUUGUUGCCCCUACUCAAUCAGACAGAGCCAAUAAGAAGGAGAGCUUCACAUGCAGUCGGGCAAGUUAUAUACCUGCUACACUGUUGGAAAACCAGUUUGUUUUUUGUCUUUAAAAUUAAGCUUCGUUAACACAGUGUUAUAGCACAAGUUUAUCUGCACCGUUUAUAUUUCUUCUCUGGCAACUACUAAAUACCAGUAUCUCUCUUAACUUAAUGAAUGUAAAGUUGUGACACACCUCAAGUGGGUCAGGGAGAUAGUCAGCAGGGGGCAGUAGUGCUGAUUUUUUAAUUCUAUUUUACCUGUGGUUCUGGGUCUCCAUGUCCUUAGCUCUUCUAAGAUCAGAUUUAUUUGCCACCAAUUGUAACUUUCAGGCACAGUAGAAAUUUGUAACUGACCGUAGAUUCAGACAAUUUCAAGGCAAUUUCUUUUGAGGAAAAACAAUGUAAUUAAAAAACACAGGCAUCUGUUGACAUAGAAAUUUUCAUGGGAAUGUCCGGUCUUUGACGUCAACCUAGAGGUCUAUACUUUGGUUAAUGUUAUAAGACACAAAGAUUGUGAUUAAUGCAUCACAGUCAAUUGAAAGGAUGCAGUAACGUGUGCGGGAAGGUGACCCUGGUGUCUCCCACAUCUAAUGAAUCCUCUCAGAUUAAGAGAGACCAUUUGCAAGGUUUGUGGGGGGGGGGGUUGAUUUGGUUUGACAACAGAAAAUGAAAGUAGGAUAUUAACAGUUGAAUGAAUUAUUUAAUUGCCUGUUUGUCAAAAUGCAUUUGUCGGUCCAAGAUAGUUUCCAACGACCUUGAGAGAAGAAAAGCGAUUUUCGGUUCCUCUGAGGUUUUACCAAAUUUUUUUUUUCUUCCUGAAAACGAUUCCUUUGUAAAGUAGUUUAACUUAAGACAAAUGCCAUUGUAGUGCAUUUGCCUUGGUACCCAUCAGCACCCUAAAAUCAACCCCUUGAUUUAUAAAACGACCACCAAAAUGAAACACAAGUCUCGUGUUUCAGUUUGAUAGAGCGGACAAGGACAGAAUUUGGAGCUACAUUCUCACAUAUUAAAUGCAGCUUUCAUCCAGGAGGGUAGAUUUUCAUGUUCUCCGACAGAUGUGCUUGAAAGGACAUCAGUGUAUUACAGUUCUGUGCGUAACUUGCCUGUAAGGUGGAGCCUAGCAAAUGACGGACCCUUGACAAAGAAUGAUUGAUGGCCCAGCGGUCAUGAUACUGACAUGAGUGGAAGCUUUCAUUCUUAUUGAUCGAUGUCUGAAUGUUCCAAACCCUGCACGGCACUCUCUGUUCAAUAAAUACUGAGCAGCGGGCCUCCGCUAACUGCUCACAAAUGCUGGAAGUC